AUGGCCGACCCAGGCAUCACCGCCACGUUCUCCGAUCUCCCGACUGAGAUGAAGGCGACUAUCUUUGGCUAUCUUCGACAAAACGAUCACAAAAAGUCGGCUUGCCUUGUGAGUCGCGGUUGGAGAGAUAUAAUGGCGCCGAUUCUCUGGGAACAUCUUACACUGGAAAUCGCAACCACCUUACCAGGAGAACUGGCUUGUCUGCUGAACCCAAAUGACGGAGUCCUUGCCCAUGUGCGUUCUAUCGACAUCCGCCCAGGACUGGACGACCCGGAAGAGUUCGAGCUGAACUCUGAGUUCGGAAUCGCUUUUCGAUUGAUCUUUGGCGCCCUACAAAAAAAUUGUCUUUCGACGCUCAGAUUCUACAUCGACAUCAGCAUGACCACAUUGCUAAGUGUCCUUCAAUCCCAGCAAGCGCUCGAAACACUUAGGCUUCAAGGCUUGACUUCGAACGGAAGCCUUUCUAACGACUUGUGUCUCGCCACGCAUAGUUCGUGGGUCACGCCUACGUUGCGCAACAUCAGGUACCUUCGAGUUACCGUUGGUGAUGGGGAGCAAAACACGUACGAGCACAGCGCCUUUCUUGUCAAGAACACCCCAAAACUCAAGUACCUGAAUUUAGAUGGCUUCGUCGAUCCUUUACCUGACUGGUAUGGGAACGAUGCACUUGGAGAACCAGGAGCAGCCACUCAGAGUCUACAGCUGGACCACCUUCAAUUGUCUUGGCUGGAUCUCGAGACUUACCCUGCGUCGCUUUUCACAGUUAUUGACUUCUCUGUUCUUCGCGAUCUCUUGGUCAUGGAAUGCGACAAUGUCGGGGCCUUUCUUACUGCUCUCGUUCCAGGGGCUUCACAGGUACCAGCUUUGAAAAGGCUAGAGAUGGUAUCUUCGUUAUUGCCUCCCUCGGACGCGAGUUUGCAAGCGAUCGAGACUCUGGUGACAUCCACUCCUUCACUACAAACCCUUUGGUUGGAUGUUGGUAAAGGGCGUUUGAUCGAUGUAGCAUGCCUGGCUGGACAUGGAAAUACGUUGAAGCGUCUUGGUCUAGCAGCUUCAUCGAGAACGCAAGGUCCAUACUACUCUGCCCUUGAUCUUGAUAAGCUACUGACACAGGCGCCAAAGCUUGUGGACUUAGCAGUCAGUCUUUGCCCGAUCAACCUUGGUCACGUUCGGCAUCUUGGUGCUAAGUUCAAGCUGUUCAAGCAAACCGGUAACGACUACGUUCUCAGUGAAACAGAAUUCCUCUUAAUUCGUAUUGCGAAACAUCAAAACCUCCAGUCACUGCGGAUUCUCACACUACCCAGCAUCGAUUAUGGAAUGAUUCCAAACCCGAAUAUCGUGAAGGGAAUUGACCUUCCGGAUGAGCAUGUCUAUACCUCAAAAGUAAUGAUGCAGGCAUUUGCUACAGAAGUCUUUCGUCUGCUCGCUAGAAAUGGGUCCAACAUCAGAGCUCUAGCCAUAUCGCCGCAAGUCAGGAGUUCUACUAAACGACCUGUCUCCGAUGACAACGGACACCGUUGGCCCCGCUACUAUUACAGAUACGACGUAACUGGUGCCAUGAGCGGUCAAGAGCACGUUGUUGCUGUCCCGACACCUCCGGCUGAGUUUCCAAUCCCCGUCCCGACUUGAGACAGGCAGCUAUGGAAGACGUCUUAGCUCCGACGAAAGAGAGCUGGGAGAGGGAGUGAGAAAUCGUUCAAGACACCUAGGCCGUAUCAUUGUCUGAGGCCAGGUUCCGGUACUGUAUAGAGAUGUCAAGGCGGAGAGUUCGGUUUGAGUGCUGAUAGAAGAGCUCACCAAGGCUGCGAGAUUGGAGGUCAUACCAGUAUUGCUCGAGAAACAAGACUUCCCUAUAUAUCAGUAGAACUGUAGCAGC